CGACCCCCAUACAUUUUGUUGCUUGUUUACCAAAGAUUUUCGCAAUAUAUCCUGCUGUAUAUUUGUAUAAAAAUUUUGUAAAAGUUUUUUGUGUCUUAAAAUUGCCAAUGUUGUUGUUAUUAUAGUCGCUGCCACAACAAAUUAUAAUCAAUAGUACUUUAGGAAAGUAUUUUUUAUGUGAAAGAUGUCCAGUUGGAAUAAUAUAUGUCGUGUCUGUUCCAGUCCUGCUGAAUAUGAGAUUUUCGAGAAAAUACCAGCAUAUCUGCAUGCUAGCCUAAAUGAUUUUCUGCAUUGGCAAAAACCAAUCAAUGUGCUGGUGGAGGAGACAACGGGACUUAAGUGUUCAGAGGAUGACGGUUUGCCAAAAAAAAUAUGUGCACUUUGCAUUUCCUACCUAAAACAUGCAGUAUUUUUCCGUGAACAAUGUAUUAAUAAUAGUAUGAGUUUAAAAGCCGCAUACCUACUACACCAAAAAAGCCAAGAGCGAAAGAAAAAUGUCGAUAAGGAUAGUGUAUUAAUUACAGCACAAGAAUUGACAUUUACUACUGAACAUCAAAUAGACACUAAUCUUCUGAACACUAACAAUACUCAAGAUCAAGACAAAGUGUGUAAACAACUGCUAAAUAACACUUUACAAACGACAGCACCCACACAACAAAAUAUCGAACAACAAAUGCGCUAUUUGAAUUUACUUUUCAAUAAGGAUAUCAACGCCGGUCUCCGUGAUCAAUCACAAAACCGAAGAAAAGACGAUGCUGCAUUGGAUGCAAGCAAUGCCGCCGGCGACCAAUAUGGCAAAGAUGAAUGUGGAACAGAAACUUCUAGCGAAAAUAAUGAUCCGGCCGCUAAUGGAAAAAAUAUUUUUUCUUAUUCAGAAAAAAGUUUUCAAGAAGAUGAUAUAAUAAAUUUGGAAGAGGUAGGGGAUGCAAUCAGAAUUAAUAUACCAGAAAGCUGUAAAGAACGUAAAUGUCGCGCAUGUUUCCGUCGAUUUAUGUUUGAAGAUUCGUAUAAUGAGCACAUAAAUACAUGUAUUGAAUAUAAAUUUUUAACUCAUAUCGAAGAAAUGAAUAAGCUAUUACAAAUUCGGCGCAGUAAAGAAAGUUCGCCACACGAAUUUGUGCGGCGCAUGAUUUUUGCCAUACGGAAAACAUGUGAGUGGCUAAAAGAAGCAAAUUGUGCUGAUAUGUUAUUGCCCGAUUUGGUGAAUAAUGGAAAUGGUGCGGAUGAUAAGAGUAAGGAAAUAUUAGAGGCUGAAUGCAAAAGUUCCGCAGCCACAUUAUGCGAUCAAAAACGUACAAAACUACAACUCAUUGACAAUGAAGAGCUUCGUAAAUGCUAUGAAUUGCCAAAAAAUGAAAAUAUGACUGAUUUACUAAUUACAAAACGUUCGGAUUCAUUAACUAUCAUAACUACGACUAAACCACCUGACUCUACCACAGAAGAUAAUAAUUUAAUUAACAAGGAAAAUACAGUCCGUAGCAGAACGCCAAUUACAAUUAGCAAUAAUAUUUUAUACGAAAUCGAAAGGUCUCAAAGUCGAACCUCCAAAACUGUGACUAAUAUAGAACCAGAAAAGAAACUAGUAGAGAAAAAACCUACCGCCUUAAUGGGUGUUGUGGAUAGCACAAACACUAAAGCAGCUAUUAGUUCUAGUUUACUUAAAAGCGAAACCGAUAUAGAAAAUGUAAGCUUUACACUCAGGGAUACAGCUGAACGUUUAACAUUCCUGCAAAAAUUGCAACAAGCCGCCAGUCAAUCUCCAAAGACUUCCAAUACUAUGCAAACUACUAGUGAAGCAGCUUCAAUACAUGUAAGAAAAGAUUUAAGUGGGCCAGCAACAACAACUAACAAUCAGCUGCCAACAUCAUCAUCAACAACUACGCCAAAAUCCAUUCCUAUAACACCAUUGCAUCGGAGUCUUAGUUUCAGUGCUCGUUGCAAUCCAUGCAAUCAUAUUUUUGAGACACUAGCUGAACUUGAGAUACAUAAUGCCAUGUAUCACAAUCAUAUGCCAUUACCGCUAAGGAAGCAAACAACUAGUGAAACACAAGAAGAAAGAGAAGCACGAGAGGCUGAACGGCAGCGUAUAAUAGCACUGUUUGAAAAUGACGACUCCGAAGAAGAUUUGGACUGAUUUGCGUCGCCUAAUUAUAUAUGAUAUAAGACAAUUUUUAAUGUAUACUUUUUAACUGAAGCAGUUUAUUUUUUAAAUAAUUUCUAAUUUGUAAGAUCCAAUUUCGAAAUCAGCAUGAUUAUUCAGUUUUUAAAAUUAUUUGUCAUUAACAUUAACAAAUAUCGCUUAUAGCGAUAUGCUUGAUUUUUUAUGCAUUUGCAUAUCUUUUAACUUAUUUAAUUACAAUGUUUUGAUAUAAUCAAAUAUUAUUUUAAAUAUUUUUAUAAGCGUAAAUCAGCCUAAAAAGUUUUAAUUUACGUAUUUCCUUGUGAUAUAGGGUCUGUUAAAAGUUCAUUAUUAAAUUGUAAACGGAAAAUGUUUUUAAUUAUGUUAAAAGAUUUUUCGGGAAUCUUAUUAUAAUUACAUUAUAUACUCAUAUUAGUGUCACUAUAAAACAAACAAAUUAUUGUAAUUAAAUUAUAUUGUAAUUUAGUGUCUUCAUAGCUUUUUUUUUUUUUUGAAAUAUAUUUCGAUCCCAAACCUCUCAGAGGUCAUCAAA